CGUCAAUAAUCAAUGACAAGGACCGUUGGUGACAAUAUUCUCCAGUCAACCAAUCAAAUCACUCCACGCAAAACCAAAAUCUAUAAUACCAUGUGCAGUAAGUAGGCGAAUCCGUUUAUGUAAACGAUAAGUUAACCACUGUCUUAUAAAUCGAAACAUGGCAGACUACCUUACAGCGUUUGAUAUCAAUGCCUACCUGGUAUUGGAAAGCGGAAUUUUUGAUCUGACCAGUGACGACAAAAGCUUACUGGAGUUUCGCAUGAAAACCUUUCAUAAAUUUUGGUCCAAUUUUAAGCCAGAGUCGUCAAAAGAAUCCUCGAAUAUUCGCUGUCUCGAGUUCGGGGGCGGACCUGUCGUUAGGAAUCUUAUAAGCGCUUCUCCCAAAGUUGAUCGCAUCGUAUUCUCAGAAUACCUCGAAUGUAACCGAAGAAACGUCCUCUCGUGGUUGGCUGGUGAUACCGAACUUCGUAACUGGUCGCCUUUGAUAAAAUAUGUUGUCCAUGAUCUCGAAGGAGACAACAACCCCGAGGCAGUUUCCGAGCGCGAGAAAGACAUGAAACAAAAAAUACAAUCGGUUGUUUCUUGCGAUGUUAACCAAAAUCCGAUUGUGGAUCUCGAGUCCAUUGACGUCGGUAAACCUUUCGACGUCCUGUCAACCAGCUUGUGUGUAGAAGUAGUUGCAAGCUCAGAACAACAUUACAAGAGCACCGUGGCAAAACUUUGCAAGUUCCUAAAACCCAAUGGCUAUCUUAUCAUGUUCGGCAUAGUGAAUGAAACUUUUUAUACGGUUGGCGACGCGAGAUUUUACCACUUUGGUGUAACACAACGAAUGAUUGAAGAAGCGUUGAAGGAUGCGGGGAUCGAAGAUCUUAAAAUGGAAUUGCUUCAUCGAGCAGUAAAAUCAACCAUUUCCGAUGGACAAGCAUUCUUUUCAGUAGUUGGGAAAAAGUCUGAUAAAGGCUAAACUUCCUCAGUGCAUAGAGAUGACUGUCGAGUUUUGUGUAGAUUUGUGAGAAAAGUAAAAAAAUGCCCAUUUGCAAACAUGUAUCCGAAGUGGGUAACUUUAUACUUAUAAUUAAAUGAUAAGAUGUCAAAUAAGAUGUAUGAUAUAAUUAAUUUCAUGUAUAUAAUAUGUAUGUGCAUGCAUGCUUGUUUUUUGGUAUGUCAAACGUUUA